GAGCACAUUUGAUCGAUCACAAGGCAUGACAAAUUGAAACAUUUUAUAUAAAGAACAAAUCCAAUGAGAAGUUUAAUUACAACAAGCUUGUCCUUCAAUGGAGAUGAUGGCAGCUAAGAAUUCAAACGAGGAAGAAACACUUGCUAUAAGGGAUGUCAUAAAAUGCAUCUUUCACUUCACAGAAUUCACUGUUCUGAGAAGCGUAAUCCAGCUCGGCAUUCCCGAUAUAGUCGAGAACCAUCCCGGGAGUAUCGUGUCAUUGGCCGAGCUGUCGAACUCAUCGGGGUCCUUGCCGUCGUUGCUCCACCGUGUCAUGAGGUUCUUGACUCGUCGCGGCAUCUUCAAAGAGAUGACAAUGGACGGUCAAGAUUCAUCGAUAAUUGGCUACGCCCACACACCAUAUUCCCGUGCCCUAACGAAGGAUCGUAUGGCUCAUUUAUUUCUACUCAUGAGUAGUCCCGAGAUAGUUUCCUCGAAAUUGAGCUUCGCGAAGGUCCUCGCGUCAAAUACGGACUAUUCAAAUGGUUUCGAGGCGGCGCAUGGCGUAGAUCUUUGGAAGUAUUCCACGGCCAAUCCUUUGUUCGGUGAGUUGUUCGCCAAGGGUAUGGAUUGCUUGGUUGGCAAUCGAUUAUCGUUGGUUCUUGAAAAUUAUCCGGACAUGUUCGAGGGGAUCGGUUGUCUCGUGGAUGUCGGAGGUGGUAAUGGAACGGCGCUCCGGAUGCUGGUGAAGGCGUGCCCGUGGAUUGUCCGAGCUAUCAACUUUGAUCUUCCCCACGUCGUGGCGCUAUCGGGCGGAGGUGAUGAUGGCCGCGUCGAGCACAUCGGCGGCGACAUGUUUGUCGAUAUCCCGUGCGGUGAUGCUAUUUUUAUUAAGUCAGUACUUCAUGAUUGGGACGAUGAGGCAUGUGUGAAGAUUUUGAAGAACUGCAAAGACGCCCUAUCAAAGGAGACGGGAAAAUUGAUUAUUAUGGACAGCGUGGUCAACCACGACAACCUUAAAAACAUUGACAACUACGAGGAGUAUCAUUUAGCAGCAGACAUAGAAAUGUUGGCUCUAACCAUCAAUGGCAAAGAGAGGAAUGCAAAAGAAUGGGACGAUGUUCUAAAAUCAGCUGGCUUUUCCAAACACACCAUCAAAUAUAUUCCAGCACCAAUCUCUGUCAUCGAAGUCUAUCUCUAGUUAAUUUAUAAUAUUCGAACUUGUUAUUUGUCGGACUAAAAAAGUAAAAAUUGUUUAAUAAGUCUAAAUGAUUUAAAUUUAAAUAUGACUUACAUUUUGUAAUAGAACAAAUUUGAUUUUGUAUCUGUGGCCAUUCACUAGAGUAUUAAUGUUUGUUGAUAUAGUGAUUCCUUUUUACAUAUUACGUAAUGACAUGGUUAGGAUAUUAAGUGAGUCAAAUCAGAUGAAAGCACAUCGCA